AUGUGUGAUGCAUCUGACUAUGCAGUAGGAGCAGUGCUUGGCCAAAAGAUAGACAAGAAACUCAAUGUCAUCUACUAUGCAAGCAAGACUAUGGAUGAUGCUCAGUGCAAGUAUGCAACCACAGAGAAGGAACUCCUUGCCAUAGUCUUUGCCUUUGAGAAAGUUUCGAAGCUAUAUAGUUGGGUCCAAGAGUUUGACAUAGAAGUUGUGGACAAAAAGGGAGUAGAAAAUGGAGUUGCUGAUCAUCUCUCUAGGAUGCGAGUUGAAGACAUGAUCCCCAUCAAUGAUUCUAUGCCUGAAGAACAGCUUAUGGCAAUCAUGAUCUUGAAGGAGAGUUUUGAUGAGAAAGUCAGGCUGGAAGAAGUUAAGGCUCUGCGUGAUGAGAAUUUGCCAUGGUAUGCUGAUAUAGUGAACUUCAUGGUGUCCGGAGAAGUCCCUAGUAGUUUUGAUGCUUACAAGAGGAAGAAAUUCUUCAAGGAUGCUAGGCAUUACUAUUGGGAUGAGCCUUACUUGUACAAGAGAGGACCAGACAGCAUUUACAGGAGAUGCAUUGCUGAAGAGGAUGUACAAGGAGUUCUAGAGCAUUGCCAUGGGUCAGCUUAUGGAGGUCACUUUGCUACAUUCAAAACAGCAACUAAGGUUCUGCAAUCUGGGUUGUGGUGGCCUACCUUGUUUAAAGAUGCAGCAAGCUUACAUCGCAAAGUGUGA